CUCGCCAGUUUAACGGUCCAAGUGAACCCUCGACGCGCAAUUUUCGAUCCGACGUUCCCCAAACGGCUUUUUCCGUCAACUACCCACCAAAAUCGUCUGAACGAUCACAGCUCACCGAUAGCUACACUCUCCCCAUGGGAACGUUACCGUACGCCGACGUCGAUUCCAGCCUUAGAGCCAUCGCCGGUGGAGCCGAGGGUUUCGGUCGCUUCUCCGUGGGCGGCCUCCAUGGACCGCUCUAUUACGUCACCACUCUGGCCGAUGAUGGGCCAGGAUCACUUCGUGAUGGAUGUCGUAGAAAAGAACCUCUCUGGAUUGUUUUUGAAGUUUCAGGCACCAUUCAUCUGUCGUCAUACUUGAAUGUGUCCUCUUAUAAGACAAUUGAUGGCCGUGGCCAAAGGAUAAAACUCACAGGCAAAGGCUUAAGGCUGAAGAAUUGUGAACAUAUAAUCAUAUGCAACCUGGAGUUUGAAGGCGGUAGAGGACAUGAUAUUGAUGGCAUUCAAAUAAAACCAAAUUCUAGGCACAUAUGGAUAGAUCGUUGCAGCCUCCGUGAUUAUGAUGAUGGACUAAUAGACAUAACAAGACAAAGCACUGAUAUUACUGUUUCUAGAUGUUAUUUUGCACAACAUGACAAGACGAUGCUUAUUGGAGCAGACCCCUCUCACAUAGAUGACAGAUGUAUUAGAGUGACCAUUCACCACUGUUUUUUUGAUGGGACAAGACAAAGACAUCCUCGUGUAAGAUUUGGAAAAGUUCAUCUGUACAAUAAUUACACCCAAAACUGGGGCAUAUAUGCUGUUUGUGCUAGUGUAGAAUCGCAGAUAUACUCUCAGUGCAAUAUUUUUGAAGCUGGGCAGAAGAAAAAGACUUUUGAAUACUAUACAGAAAAGGCAACAGAUAAGGAGGAAGCAAGGUCUGGUUUGAUAAGGUCUGAAGGGGACUUGUUUUUGAAUGGAGCUCAGGCAUGCUUACUAACAACUGGGGAAGAAUGUACAUUCCAUCCAAGUGAGUUUUACCCAGUAUGGACCCUGGAAGCUGCCUCAGAUUCUCUUAAAGCUGUUCUUCAAAUCUGUACAGGUUGGCAGUCUAUUCCACGACCAGCAGAAGAAGUUGGUGGUGGUUGCAGAGCACCUGCAUGACUUCUUUGUUUAGCUUGUAUGUGCUGUAUAUGUACAUUUCUGGUCUCGUAAUGCUUUGAACUUGAGAACCUGUUACAGGAAUGAUUAUCGUUCCUGAAUAAUUAUUUCAAAUUAUGCCCAGAUUUGGUUUAGAAUGGUUAAUGGUUAGAUAAACUAGUGCAUUUUGUUCUCUUUGCAUUUAAAAUUGCAAUUUUUAUCCUUCGGAAUGAAGCUAGACUCCCAGUACUUUGCUGAUAUGAUAAUAUAGCUUAUGGAUAGGGUUUGUGAGUUGCCCUAUAUCAAUUACAACAUACUGCUAUUUUUCUUGAUG